AUGAGCUACCUAAGAUCUGUUCGUACGUUGGCACCCACCGUCAGUGGCAUUUGGCAAUCGCUGUCCCACAGCGCCCCGGUCGCUUACGUGCAGCACGGUAUGAUAAACCUGCAUGACUUCACCGGACUACCCUGGUGGGCCACGAUCAUUCUCACAACGGUGGGUCUGCGUACGUUAGUCACGCUCCCGCUGGCGGUGUAUCAAAACAAAAUACUGACCCGACUGGAGCAGAUUUCGCUCGAAAUGCCUGAACUGGUCAAAGAACUGAAAGCUGAAACGGCGUACGCGAUGAAAAAAUUCAACUGGACGGAAAAGGAAGCCCGCAUCAUGUACAACCACUCGCUAAAGAAACAAUGGAAUAAACUAAUUGUGAGAGAAAAUUGUCAUCCAGCAAAAACGAUGGUGCUGCUUUGGGGUCAGAUACCGCUGUGGAUUGUACAGUCGGUAGCGAUUCGGAACCUUAUCUCACUGAUGCCCGAUCCGACCGCGAUCGAGGCACAGAUCGCCUACACGGAGCUUACGCUUGGUGGCUUCGGUUGGAUACCGAAUCUGACUGAGUUGGACCAUUCGUUAAUUUUCCCCGUAACACUAGGCAUCAUCAACCUCAGCAUCAUUGAGAUACAGGCCGCGUCCCGUACGAAGCUACCCUCCAAAUUGCAGACCAUUUUUACCAACCUGUUCCGGGUGUUGAGCGUACUGAUGGUACCGAUAGCUGCAUCCGUUCCAUCGGGUCUCUGUUUGUACUGGGUAACAUCGAGCGCGUACGGGUUGGGUCAGAAUUUGCUACUGCUUUCACCACGCGUUCGUCGCGCUGUGGGAAUACCGAUCGUCCCAUCGGAACUUACCCAGCCUUACCAACAUCUGCGCCACACGCUUGCUACUAGGCUGCGUGCACUAACGAAUAUCGGUUCCAGUUCAAAAGCGUAA